AUCACUCAUCGAACAUUUCUGACAGGUAGACGCUCCUAUAUCCGCAAGACACCGUAUCCCAUUUGUCCUCAUUAGACCCGCGCGAUAAGGUCUGGUGUGGCCUUGACUCACAAGAUCAUGGUUUUGGUAGGCGAAAAUGCACGUGAAUACCGUCCUUCCCGUCUAUAGACUCCCCCACUUCCGACUGCGAUUUUUCACCUUUAUUUUUUCAGUCGAUCAAUUUCAAUCCUAACAAACCCUAGCUCUGUCCAGCAGUUAUAUUUAACUUCAUCUUGGGAGAGUAGAGUGAGAGGAAGUGCGAGAAAGAGUGGGGGAUAGAGAGAGAGUGGUGUGGCGAGUGUGGAAGUGAGGGGUUUGUGAGAAUUUGCUGUAUGUCAGAAGAUUGUUGCUACAGUGAGAAUUGCUGCAGUGGAUUCGGUGAGCUUGCUAACCCUCUACAAUGGCCGCAGCUACGGAAAAGGCGACGACUUGUUGCAUUGAGGACGCCAAGCCAGCUCCGGUUAGGAAGGCUUCCAACGUCUUGCAGGACUGGAGCGUCGCCGGUUCUGCUCCCUCUGAGGAUCAGAUCAGCAAGAGAGCGACCGUGGCGACGCUGAUUCGUUCGGUUGACUCACUCCCUCAACCCGCUGCUAAUCCUACUGCUACCAAAGGGAUUCCAAUCAUGUUGAGAGCUCAGACCAGCCACCCUUUGGACCCUUUAUCCGCUGCUGAAAUCUCAGUGGCAGUGGCAACUGUCAGAGCAGCUGGAGCAACCCCUGAGGUCAGAGAUAGCAUGCGGUUUGUUGAAGUGGUUCUGGUGGAACCAGAAAAACAUGUUGUUGCACUGGCAGAUGCAUAUUUCUUCCCUCCUUUCCAGCCAUCAUUGCUCCCCAGAACAAAAGGUGGACCAGUAAUUCCUAGUAAGCUUCCUCCAAGGCAAGCUAGACUUGUCGUUUACAACAAAAGGUCAAAUGAGACAAGCAUAUGGAUUGUUGAACUUUCAGAAGUGCAUGCAGCAACUCGAGGUGGCCACCACAGGGGCAAGGUCAUUUCAUCCAAAGUUGUUGCUGAUGUCCAGCCUCCUAUGGAUGCUGUAGAAUAUGCUGAAUGUGAAGCUGUUGUAAAGGAUUUUCCUCCAUUUCGGGAGGCAAUGAAGAAAAGGGGUAUUGAGGAUAUGGAUCUUGUGAUGGUAGAUCCCUGGUGUGUUGGAUAUCACAGUGAUGCUGAUGCUCCUAGUCGUAGACUUGCGAAACCACUUAUCUUUUGUCGAACCGAGAGUGAUUGUCCAAUGGAAAAUGGUUAUGCUCGUCCAGUUGAAGGUAUAUAUGUUCUUGUUGAUAUGCAAAAUAUGGUGGUGGUUGAGUUUGAAGACCGUAAACUCGUUCCCCUACCUCCAGCUGAUCCACUAAGAAAUUACACUCCUGGUGAGACACGUGGAGGUGUUGAUCGAAGUGAUGUGAAACCCUUGCAAAUCAUUCAACCUGAAGGACCUAGCUUUCGUGUUAAUGGGUACUUUGUUGAAUGGCAGAAGUGGAAUUUUCGUAUUGGUUUCACCCCCAGAGAGGGUUUGGUUAUUUAUUCUGUUGCAUAUAUUGAUGGUAGUCGAGGUCGAAGAUCUGUGGCCCAUAGGUUAAGUUUCGUUGAGAUGGUGGUUCCUUAUGGGGAUCCAAAUGAUCCCCAUUAUAGAAAGAAUGCAUUUGAUGCUGGUGAAGAUGGGCUGGGUAAAAAUGCACAUUCUCUAAAGAAGGGCUGUGAUUGCUUAGGAUAUAUCAAGUACUUUGACGCACAUUUUACAAAUUUCACUGGUGGUAUCGAAACAAUUGAAAAUUGUGUUUGCUUGCAUGAAGAGGAUCAUGGAAUGUUAUGGAAGCAUCAAGAUUGGAGAACAGGUCUAGCAGAGGUUCGUCGUUCUAGAAGGCUAACAGUGUCUUUUGUAUGCACUGUUGCAAACUAUGAGUACGGAUUCUUCUGGCAUUUUUAUCAGGAUGGAAAAAUUGAAGCUGAGGUUAAACUCACAGGAAUUCUCAGCUUAGGAGCCCUGCAACCAGGGGAAAUCCGAAAAUAUGGUACAACUAUUGCACCUGGAUUAUAUGCACCAGUCCAUCAGCACUUCUUUGUAGCUCGUAUGGACAUGGCUGUUGAUUGUAAGCCUGGGGAGACAUUCAAUCAGGUUGUUGAGGUCAAUGUUAAAGUUGAAGAACCAGGGAAGAAUAAUGUUCAUAACAAUGCAUUCUAUGCUGAAGAGAAACUGCUUAGGUCUGAAAUGCAAGCAAUGCGUGAUUGCAAUCCUUUAUCUGCCCGACACUGGAUUAUCAGAAACACAAGAACUGUCAACAGGACUGGGCAGCUAACAGGUUACAAGCUGGUACCUGGUUCAAAUUGUUUACCAUUAGCUGGUUCUGAGGCAAAAUUUUUGAGAAGAGCUGCUUUCUUGAAGCAUAAUCUUUGGGUCACACCUUAUGCACGUGAUGAGAUGUAUCCAGGAGGAGAGUUUCCUAAUCAAAAUCCACGUGUGGGGGAGGGAUUGGCUACUUGGGUUAACCAGAAUAGAUCGUUGGAAGAAACAGACAUAGUUCUUUGGUAUGUAUUUGGAGUGACACACAUUCCUCGCCUGGAAGACUGGCCUGUCAUGCCAGUGGAGCACAUUGGUUUUAGGCUCAUGCCUCAUGGGUUCUUUAACUGCUCACCAGCGGUGGAUGUCCCUCCCAGCACAUGUGAGCUGGACCUAAAGGACAAUGGGGUGACGGGGAAGCCUAUCCAGAAUGGAUUACUAGCAAAGCUCUGAAAGGAUGUUAAGCAGGGUUGGAUCCUACCUUAUUCAGUGUGUUUCUAUUAUUUUGGGGGAGGCCAAAUAAUUUAGCCGGCUUCAUUUGAUGUCUUGACAGUAGCCAAAUAAUCAAGCCAUUGGCCCAAAACGUCAUGCCAUACGAUUUUCAAGUAUCGAAUUGCCUGUUUGCAUAAUCAUGUGACUAUUUGUUUGUUUGUCA